GGUCUUGACUAGUCUCAUUCCUAUGCCAUCUGGGCCUGUCGCAGUUACAGCAGGUGAUAUAGGCAACAGCGAAUGACCGUUGUAAGUCAACAUGAGCGUGACAGCAAAGAGAACCCCGUACCUCCUGAUGAUUGACGGCGUCCCUCGGUCUCCUCUCUAUAAACCAGAGGCGGUUCGCGAAGCCUUGAAGUUCGAACCAACUGCCAACGACGUCAUCCUUGUGACCCAUCGGAAAUCGGGCACACACUGGGUAAAACAAAUCCUCCUUCUGCUUCUGAACAAGGGUCAGUCUCCGGAUGACUUCGCAGACUUCACGAGACAAACUCCUUCCAUCACUUCGUUGGGAAUAACAGCUUCUGAUAAAUCGCCGAUGUUUCUUCGUACGCACUUUUCAUUCAGAGAGCUCAAGUACUCCAGAAAUGCCAAGUAUAUCUAUGUCGCACGCAACCCUUGGGACACGUGCGUGUCCUUAUACCACCACGUAAAAACACGACCCCAUUAUCGAUUUCAAGACGGCACCUUCGAAGAAUUCGUCGAUGCAUUCAUCAAAGGAAGGGUCGGUCAGGGGGAUCACUUGGAUCACGUGUUAUCCGGGUACGCCCUGCGACACGAAGCCAACGUCCUCUUCCUGACCUACGAGAAGCUGAAGGAAGACACAGCAGGCACCAUACUCAAGACAGCCAAGUUUCUCGGCGAUCCUUACGCCUGCAUGUUUGACCAGGACCCCGGACUCAUGGUGGAAAUCCUGUCCAAAAGCAGCAUCGAAUUCAUGAGGAAAACGUUCCACGUGAGCUACGAAGAACUUCGAGAGAUUUACAAGAAUCGACCCAUGAAUCCAGAGGCUGAGAAAGAUUGGAAGAAUAUACGAGAUGGAACGACAGCAUGUGGGUUUGUGCGAAACGGAACAACAGGUGACUGGCGAGGACACUUCUCACCCGAACUGCUAGAGCGGAUGCAAGCUUGGAUCGACUGCAAGACUCGCGGCUCAGACGUCAUGUGCCUUUGGGAGCACGAACUCGCGGCAACGAAAUUGGCGCAAGCAAUUGCAUUCGGCUGAUAUUUACUGCAGUAUGAGUGUAAAUUAAAACAUUUAUUUUUUAUUCAAACCUGGAAUCAAAAUUGUUACGCAAAAAUAUAUGUUUACAAAAAUUCUAUCUGGCGUUUCGUGGGAUGCUCUACAUGGAUUACCGCUACGCCACCUUCGACAUGUUGCUGAGAAUCCGAGAGACUGUAAAAUGUUUAAUGAAAGCAACGCGAAGCUCCAGUUGCGGUGUUUAGGGAGAAAUUAUGAUAUGCGAGAAAGCAAAGUGCAGAAGAUAUCAAUAGGACGAGUCAUAACGGCUAGCGCGACCUAAAAAUCACGUCGGCUCUCGCUGUGGUUCGCAGCGCUAACUCGGCAUCUCCACGUCGGUAUUGUGCUUCUGCCAUCCGAGCGGAGCCACCGCUACAAUCUAACGGAGUCAAUCAAGCAGGGCCAAAAGUUCACCGUCAUGGCGCUUGUCGUAUGUGGAGCGCAAGUUCGUCUGCUUCUUUUGCAGAGGUUGUGAUGACGUCAGAGAGACGCCGAGCUCUGAUUGGCUCUGAUUGAAGAAUAGUGGGUAGACCUCAAAGCGAGCUGCCUCGAGGUCUACUUCUAUCCUUCAAUCAAAGCCAAUCAGAGCUCGCCGUUCUGACGUCACCACAACCCCUGGAAAAGAAGCAGACGAACUUGCCCUCCGCAUUGGUACGUUUGCAAUCAAGACUAAACCGAUCACACACAGGGAGUGCACCGAGACAUUGCGCUUUUUUCUGUGCGUUAUUGGUUUAGCCGGAGAUUACGAACGCACAAAAAUGACGAGCAUCGUGACACUGCACUUUUACUGUUGCUGCAACGCGCCUUCUACAAACUGAGGGUGUGAGAGUGCGGGGACGGUGAGAAAAGACAGACGACGCUCGACGUGUUCGGAACGCGGGGCCAGGCCGGAGGCAGCGGGGCGCGGAUGUGGAAGGCGGUCGGACGACAGACCCAGACAAGCCCGAGCUUUUCGAGACAUCCACCUGGCCUGACCUUCGGCUCCAGCCAAGUCGUCACGCCCGGCUGAAGGCUGGUGUGUGUGUGUGUGUAUGUUGGGUCGCCUGUCAAGACCACGGCAACCGCAUCCCCUCACACACUCCACCCAGAGCGCCGAUGUCCACUUCACCGCCGAUUAAAGUAUCCGCCGGCCUCAACUUCGUCCCCUGGCUCGUCACCACUUCAGCACCCAAAGUACCCAGCGCCCAGCAAGAUGGCAAACUGAUAAGUUUUGUGUGUGAACUAUUCAAACAUUUUUUUGCGAACCCUUUCAAAAUUUUUGUACCGCUGUGGCUAAUUCUCUCUGUCUUCCCGAAGCGUAUUGCUUCAGUCAUUUCAAUGCACAUAUAGAGUUUUGUAUGUAUGUGUGUGCAAACGGCCUCGUAGUUUUUUAUUGCGGGAGUCCCGACUUAACCAGAACAUUUUAACAUUACAGGCUUCAUUGGAUAAUGGCAUCCAUUGCCCUGGGAUUUUAAGUGAAACGGAAUAUGUAUCUACGAAAGUCUUCAUGACGCCUUGCGUCGAAUCGUUAAUAUAAAGCUUUUAGCAUAGGCGCACCUCACUGAAUGUAGAGCUGACAUAUGGUUAUCAACUCGUGGUCACCGCAAUAUCUCAGCAAGCGUUUGCUCCCAAAAAUGCAAACGCUUGCUAAAAAGAAAACAGAAAAAUAAAGUAAUGUUUUCUUCACAAAGCGCUCACCAUGGUUAGAGGGUUUCCCCAAUCGCUUCCUUUCCAGCAUCCGCCCCGCUAAAGUGGAAAGGGUGCAGCCUUUAUGGGACAAGCUUGUCCUGCUUUUCUAGACUUGCAACAGACAAUGACGACACUUGUAAAGAUGUCUAGGGUUUACAAAUAAACUUCGUUGAACAUUGCA